AACUAGUAUUAAACAUUUGAUUUAAUUUCCGCCGCAUGAACAUAUUUAAACAAUAUUUGGGCGUUAAAGUUGUGUAGACACCUUCUACUACCCAAAUUAAGAGUACGCUAAUUGCCUCCAACUCUGAAUGAGAUACCCAUUUGAUCGAAUUCUUCUUGUUUUGAUUGCUUCUUGACUGGUUUAGAAGACCGUCUCGCUCUGAUGUUAAUCGUAAUUACAGUGUAGCUUCGACUAGACGAGACUUCUCCUUCACGUUGGUAAAGUAACACACUCAUGCGUAUUUAUUCAUUACACGAGUCACUGCUCAAAGUCGCUCCUGAAUAAAAAAAACCCAAAGAACUGCCAACUUGUGGAAUGAAUCUAGCUUUUCAAUCUCGCAACCACAACAGAAUGUAGGAGAAGAAUUAAAUCAGGAGACGAAAACACGCAGCAUGUAAAAAACUUUGCGUUCAAGGAGGCGUGCUCUGCUCUGCUCUCAAAUACCCAAACGAAAGACUUUUGACAUUAUCACAUGACAAUUUUUAGAAGGAUUUCAUACAAGUACGCAGAGGCAGCGAUCCGUAUUUUGGAAAGCUAAGAAGUUUUGGGUGUACUUUUAAAAAACAAGUUUUUUUAGCCGGAAGAUCAACGCACUAUUCUGACCCUGUAUACGACCGUAUAAAUAGAGUUAAGCCAGCAUCAGUAUCGUUAAAGUGUCCAGAAUCGAAACAGUCGGAGUCCAAGCUCGGUCCAUCAUAAUGAAUUGUCAUAUUCUGCUUCCUCUGUUCGCAGCUGCUGCUGUAUUGGCAGCUCCGCUCAAUCAAAAUACUCCAGCAAAUACUUAUCUGAUGGACUACCCAUCGGUAGUCAAUUAUCCAAUCCAGUAUGGAUAUCCGUUCCGGGGUGUGUAUGAAGGACAGGAUUUAACUCGUCAGAAUGUACCCGGAUUUACAGUACUGGCCCAGCAAAUUGCAGCUUCACUCUCGAAUUUGCAGUUGUAUUACACCGUUAAAAAGUGGAAUACAAUUCUAUGCUAUUUGGAUUCCACCUGUCCCGAAGUAGUACUGCCGCCUACACCUCCUUUUGGCAGGGAGCAGGCUUAUCCACUUCUCGUAUCCGACCAGCUCGCAUAAUUGACGUUUCAGAUUGUACCUCAAUAACAUUUAAUAAUGUUUCUAUUUAUGAACUGCUUAUGAUUACACGGCGAAUUUGGCUAAAUCCUACUUUAAAAUGUAUAAAAUAUGCAGUAUGCACGUCUUCUG